GCAUGGAGACCACCAUCCAAGAGCCCCUCGGCCAAGCCAGCUGUGACAAAGCCCCAGCUCCUGAGCUCCAAGACCCGUUCUAUGCAGGAAAGUGUCACCUCCCCUUUCUCAGGAUGGGUUGAUGCUAAGACCACAUGGCAAGGGGAUUAAUGGCCACAUGAGCUGUGGGAAGCUCACGGGACAAGAGUGAGAAGUGAGAGUACACUGUGAACACAUGGAGACAUGUGUGUGUGAGAUCUGGGAGAAGAUAUGUAAGAACAAGAAUAUGUUGUGGCAUUACACUGUGGGCAGCUUCCAUCAAGAAAGCAUAAUAGAUGCUCCCAGUGGGCCUAGGCAGCGUGUUAAAUGCUUUGUGACUUAUCUCACUGUGUUCAUGUGAUCUUAUGAAGAGGUAGACAUUCUCAUCUUCAUGAAGUAAUUCUCCCAGAACUGAAUCCUGACUCUGGUGUCUAUUCUCUCAUGGACAGUACUAUUUAGCGUUACACACAUGGGGACAAAAGGAAUGAGGGCCCUAAUUAGAAAGCAGCUUGAAAGGAAAAGUAGAUGGAAUGUCAGGAAUCUUCCAGGAGGAACUGGGGACCAUAGACAAGAAAGAAUCCAUGUCCAGGGCAGGGCAGCCCUUCCCACUUCCUGGCCCCACCUACCCAGGCCCCACAAAGUAUAGGAACUCCUGCGUUGUUCAGCACAUAGACCCUCUCAUGCCCACCUGAUGGGGCUGCCCUGUUGAGUUCUCUACUUGAAAGACAGGACAAAUGGGAGAGGAAACUGUGCUAGCCUCCCAAGCCAUCUUCCCAGUGCCAGCAGCAGCUUGUGAGAAAGAGAAUGUAUUUACCUGGUGACCUUGAAACCUCCUAAAGGCUUAGGGGGUUGACUUGGAGAGUGGCACUCUGCCUUUUCUUGCAUCUUGGACCCAAGAUUAUCCCUGGAUGUGAGGAGCAGAGAACUGCAACGCGCAGAAAGCCUCCAGGAGAAAAGCGUAAAGGAGGCAAGAACCAAAUGCCGGACCAUUGCAUCCCUGCUAACAGCAGCCCCCAACCCUCACUCCAAGGGGGUGCUUAUGUUUAAGAAGCGGCGGCAGAGAGCCAAGAAGUACACCCUAGUGAGUUUUGGGGCCGCAGCUGGGACAGGAACAGAGGAGGAGGACGGCAUCCCCCCAACGAGUGAGUCGGAGCUGGACGAGGAGACCUUCUCAGACGCCCGCAGCCUUACUAAUCAAUCCGACUGGGACAGCCCCUAUCUAGACAUGGAGCUGGCUAGGGCUGGCUUAGGCACAGCAGAGAGUCAGAACUCUGGACUGGGAGGGCAGCUAAGUGAGGUCUCUGGGCGAGGGGUCCAGCUCUUUGAACAGCAGCGCCAGCGGGUAGCCUCCAGCUCCCAGGAGCUGGCUCAGGUGGGCCCAGCAGCUAUGCUUAAUGGGCAGAGUCUGCAGUCCCCACCUCGAGCACAGAGUGCUCCCCCAGAGGCAGCUGUGCUCCCACUCAGCCCUUUGUCGGUCCCUGCAGUCAGCCCUACCCCCUUCUUCCCGGAUGGUGGAGCCCCCAUCCCUGCACCAAGUAUCUUUAACAGGUCAGCGAGGCCUUUUACCCCAGGUUUACAAGGGCAAAGGUCAGGUACCACCUCAGUGAUUUUCCGGCCCUUGGCCCCUAAGAAGGUGAAUGAAGGCUUGGGGAGCACUAGCCCCGCCCCGUCCCCCUUCGCAGCCCCUCCACAGGGGCCCACCCCUCUGCCCAGCUUCACCACAGUGGUUCCCAGCCACACGCCGGUCUCUGGGGCUUCUAGCAGCACCCAACGCUCCUCUGGUCCUGUGACCGCUACCAGUUCCUUGUACAUCCCAGCCCCAAGCCGGCCUGUUACACCAGGAGGCGCCCCAGAACCGCCCACUCCUCCUAGCGCUGCUGCCAUGACCUCCACCGCUUCCAUCUUCUUGUCCACUCCACUAAGAAACUCUGCGCGCCCGGAGGCGCCGGGCCCCGCGGUCCCCGAGCCUGCCAGCGUUCGGGAGCAGCGCAUCUCUGUGCCGGCUGCCCGCACCGGCAUCCUGCAGGAGGCUAGGCGCCGGGGCACCCGCAAGCAGAUGUUCCGGCCUGGGAAGGAAGAGACGAAGAACUCGCCCAACCCGGAGCUGCUGUCACUAGUGCAGAACCUGGAUGAAAAACCUCGGGCGGGCGGUGCGGAAUCUGGUCCGGAGGAGGACGCUUUAAGCCUCGGGGCUGAAGCCUGUAACUUCAUGCAGCCACUAGGGGGCAGGAGUUACAAGACCUUGCCUCAAGUAUCACCGAAAACCCCGCCUCCAAUGGCUCCCAAAACUCCACCCCCUACAACGCCUAAGACUCCACCUCCCGUGGCUCCUAAACCUGGGUCGCGAGGGCUCCUUGAUGGGCUAGUGAAUGGAUCGACCCCGAUGGUGGGAAUCCCUGAGCCGCCAAGGCUGCAAGGGAGGGGCGGGGAGCUAUUUGCCAAACGGCAGAGCCGUGCCGAUAGGUACGUGGUGGAAGCUACAUCUGGCUCUAGCCUUAAUCCAGGCCUUCGCCCUAGAAGUCCUUCUCCCACACCCUCACUGCCCCCAUCCUGGAAAUACUCACCCAACAUCCGUGCCCCACCUCCUAUUGCUUACAACCCACUUCUCUCACCCUUUUUUCCCCAAGCUGCCCGAACUCUCCCCAAUAAGGCUCAAUCCCAGGGGCCUCGGGUGACCCCUAAGCAGGGUAUCAAGGCCCUGGAUUUCAUGCGACAUCAGCCAUACCAACUUAAAACGGCCAUGUUUUGUUUUGAUGAGGGUUCUUCAACUCCUGGCCCCACUUCAGGGCCUCCCAAAACUGCCCGAGUUCAGGAGAUCCGCAGAUUUUCCACUCCUGCACCCCAGCCCACUGCAGAGCCCUUGGCUCCCACUGUGCUUGUCCCCAGAGCGGCUACCACCUUGGACGAACCCAUUUGGAGGGCAGAGCUGGCCUCAACCCCUGUCCCUAACCCAGACCAUCAAGAGUCUCUCAGGAGCUUUGCUGCCGCUCCCAGUUCCUGUGGUUUCCAAGUAGCCAGGCCCCGGUUCUCAGCCACCAGAACAGGGUUGCAGGCCCAUGUCUGGAGGCCUGGGGCAGGGCACCAGUGAGCAGGGAAUAGGUCCCAGGACCAAGUAAUGGAACUUAGAUUCCCAGAAGUUUCUUCUGCUUUGUCCUACCUAGGCUUUCUCCCCACAUCUGAGGCCAAUUGCCGAUUGCCAGAGAUAGUGUUUCCCUCAGCCUCCUCAGCUCUCUGCUGGUGUUUUAAGGCCCUUACCUCUCUGCUUUGCAAUCUUCUCUAUAUUUCCUUGCCUCUCUGGCUUCUCCACCCAGAGGUCUCAGCAGGUCUCUGUUUUCCUUUUGCAUUUGUGUUUCUCUCUGUGGGCAGCACUUUAGUGUUAGGUAAAAAGCACACUGUAAAGUGACCACUGAGAUCUCAGGCAAAAUGGUCACUCACUGUAAGGCAAGCUUCUAAGAGGCUGAACUGUGUCCCAAGCCCCUCCAUCCUCCUCACUCCGCUUUCCCUAGGUUAGUUGGCAUACGCCUAGGGGUGUGUGUGUGUGUGUGUAUGUGUGUGUGUGUGUCUGUGUCUGUGUGUGUGUGCGCGCGCGCAUGCGUGCUUUCACAAAUAUGUGUGGUUAGGAUCUGCUCUAGAAAGACAUCAAAUACACAUACAUGUGUGCUUCUCUUGAGGCAAAGGUAAGAGAGGUUUUUUCCCCUUCUACUGAAAGGGUCAGAUAGCUUCAGAAAGACCUGUGGGGGUCAAGAGCUACUACAGAAAAACUCCUGAGAGAGGAGUGCCUGUAGCAUGUAGAGAUAUGUGCACAGCAUCUUGUGAAAUCAACGUGUCUGACAAGACUGGGAGACAGGGACAAUUUCAUGGGCCUGAGUUAUACAAGCUAGACCCAUAAUAAAACUAAGAAUUCUAUUUCCUUGGAUUACAGGAAGUUAGCAACCAGGGCCCUGUGCUGAGCACAUCAGAAUCCAGAAAGUAAAAAAGAAAUUUUCUUCUGAACUGCUUAAUGAGUGUAAGACAGAAAGGAUGGUGAAGAGAGCCAGAGUGGAUGGCGGGGAGAGCAAGGCAAAAGCCAGGAACAAGGCUGGAAUGAGUGAAAGUGACCAAGGAGAGAGGAAAGUUGGCUAACAAGAAACUAUGUAGCCAGGUGGUGGUGGCUCACGCCUUUAAUUCCAGCACUUGAGAGGCAGAGGCAGGCGGAUUUCUGAGUUCAAGGCCAGAAGGGCAAGGAUGGGUCUUUUCUACCCUACCCGUAUAAGCCCAGUGCUUUGCAGAUUCAGGCCCUCAUGUCUGAUCCCAGAAGGGCAAGGACUGUCCUUCCGUGAAGACCACCACCAGCCAUGCUUGCUGUUUGACCUGGAAACCAAUCUUUUCCUUUGCAGUAUUUUGCAGUAUUGGGUGUCAUAAUUCUUUGGUUUGUGCACAAGAAUAAACGUAUGCCCACACCACA